AUGGACGCAAAAAAAGAAAGAAAGACGACUACUGAAAAAAUACUCGGAAAAAGUUGCAAUAAUUUUCUUCACGAGUACCUGUUGCAAAGAAAGAAUGACGCUUCUUUUGUAGAAAAUUCCCAGACUGAACAUAGUUGGUAUUUAGCUGAGUUAAAAGAACAGCGAAGGCUUAAUGUACAAAGCGCGGAAAUCGCCUUUAACGCAGCAUCCGCUGGUUGCUCUUGUAAUGAUCCGCUGGUUCGGGUGGACUUUCAACAAGCAAGAGUAUCCGCUGGUUAUUCUUGUGAUGAUCCGCUGGUUCGGUUGAAGUCAAUUUCGCUUCAUCUAGCAAGAGCAUCCGCUGGUUGCUCUUGUGAUGAUCCGCUGACGGAAAAAAAGACACAAGUUGUACGCAACUUCUGGAAGGAAAUUGAGGAAAAAACCGCUAUUCAAACUGCCUCUCUAGGACAUCUCAACAUAUUUGGAAGAGCGCUUACUCAAUAUGCAUAUAAGCAGGAGGUACUAACCGAAGGUGUAAAGUUACGACCUCCUCAAAAACGAGAAAAUGAGACUGAAGAAAACGUAUCUUCAUGUAAAAAGGUGAAAGAGAGCAUGAAUAUUCCUGAUAUCCACGAACAGAAGGGGCAAUGCACCGAACCAAUUGCGGAAAACAAUCCGUUUUUUGAUAAUAAUAUUGAUGAUGAAUCGUAUGGCGAAUCGCUGAAUUUGUAUGACGAUAAUUCAAAUUGCGAAAUAUCUGAGGUAUAUUUGGACACAGAGAAGAUAAAAAUCGGGUGUCCAAGAGCGAAUAUCGCCGAGACAUCACCACUAUCGUCACAGCCAGAAUUGGAUUUCGUAUCCAGGGACAAUCAUGAAUUAGACUCACUUUUAGAUAAUGGACAUGUUGACUGCCCAGCCAUUAUCAAUGAUGUUAUGAAAUUGCAAUUGGGAUCUUUGCCCCGAGAAGAGUCCAGAUGGAUAUUAAAUAACCUCGAUGUCUCCGAAAAAUGGCAUCUAUUUAAAGAAAAAUCACUAGAAUUAGCAAAUAAAGAAGGUCUAUUUGUCGAAAGUCACACACAACAAAUAUUAUCCUUAUCACACGUUCUCUUGUUGAAGCCUAAACAGCAUUGUCCGUUAAUGUUGGAGGUUUUUGGUGGGGAUUUAUUAGAGACCAUGCACAAGGACAUAAUAAAGAGAUUCACCAAGCAAGAAUCGGAAUUUGACGAAAAAACAUUAAUAGAGCUUAUUCGAAUUAUCAAGCUCCUGCAACGAAAUGAGAUUGAUAGAGACAAAGCAGUUUCAGAACUGCAAAUUCUUGCAGUUGAUCGCUCUUAUGGGGAACGCGCAAUUCUGAAGGCAAUAAGAAACAUUAUCGAAAGAGUGCCAAGAACCACAUUAAAAAGCCCUAUUGGAGAGGUGGAGCUUUGUACCACUUAUAUUGAUCCAAUUCUGUGUCCGCUUUUCAGCAACCCUGAUUGUGGUAUAUUUCUGCGAUGGUCGAAUAAACAGGCAGAAGAGUCCAAAGCUAGAAAGCAAAUAGGCAGGGCAAAACAACCCGACGCUAUCAUCAACGAAAUCGAUCAGCUGUCUUGGGGCUUGAGCAAAGGGCACGGUGAAGCGAAAGUUCAAGAAGAGGCGAAUAACCUUUACCUCCUCUGCACUGAUCUCAUCCGGAUAGCGGUGUUUAAUAAGGACGCAAUUGAUUUUUAUAACAUGAAUUGUAUGCUCGGAUUUCAGGUCGUCGGGCAACACAUCACAUUCUAUCUCACCACUCUGUUGUGUGAUGCCUUAUAUGUUAUGGUGGAAGUUAGUCACGUUGAUGCGCCUAUGUCACUUGAAGAGGUUCCUGCCUUCCUCACCAGUCUUGAUACGCUUCUCAUCAUAUCUAAUACGUUUUGGGAUAAUUGUAUUGUUUCUACCGAAAAUAAAGAAUCAAGCAGGCGAAGCACUCUUGAAACACCAAGUUUUAAAGAAAUGAUCAUUAAUAUUGGUGAUCAUUCAUUAGUUGCCGAUGACGUACAGAAACGCUUCCAAAAGACAUUUCAGAAGAAGCUCUUCGAAAAAGAAACUGAAAG